AUGGCCACCGAGACUGCGGCUCGUAAAUUCUUCACGUCACCUUUCUACGCUGUAGUCGGCGCAAGUUCGAAUCCCGCCAAGUUCGGGCAUAAAGUCCAUGCUUGGUACCUACACCACGCCAUGGAUGUCACGCCCGUGAACCCAGGAUCGUCAGCAGUAACUGUUGGUGGUAAGGACUAUCCAACUGUUCCGAACCUUUCGUCCCUGCCAAAGCCCAGGCAGACUUCGGUUUCCAUCAUCACGGCCCCGCCGGUUACCCUCAAGAUAUUGGAGGAAGCCAAGGAGUUGGGCAUUCGAGCCAUCUGGUUGCAACCUGGCACAUACGAUGGCGCUGUUUUGAACCUGGCCCUUGAAGACGGAACCUUUGAGUCUGUGGUCUAUGGGGCUGGUGGCCGUGGGCAUGAUGGCUGGUGCAUUCUUGUCGAUGGGGAAAAGGCCAUGAACGAUGCUGGGAAACUGUAG